GUAAAAUAUAUAUGAUACUCAUCAUUUGUAUUUGUGUUCUCUCGCUGGUAUUGAUAUAAUGGAUUUGUUAAAACAGUCGAUAUUUCAAGCAAUUGAUGAAGCGGCAGAAGAAUUGGAAAAACUGAGCACGGAUAUAUGGCGAAAUCCAGAACUGAACUUUGAGGAACAUCAUGCGCACGAAAUACUAACCAAUUUUCUUGAAUGUAAGGGUUUUAAUGUCAAAAAGAAGUUUUCGAUGGAUACUGGAUUUAAAGCUGAGCUAGGUUCCACAGAAAAUGGACCUAACAUUGCCGUGAUUUGUGAAUAUGAUGCGUUACCGGAGAUCGGACAUGCCUGUGGGCAUAAUUUGAUUGCUGAAGCUGGUGUUGCCGCUGGUCUUGGAAUAAAAGCAGCAUUAAGGAAAGCAGAAAAACCAUUUGGCAAGAUAACCGUUUUAGGAACGCCUGCUGAGGAGGGAGGGGGAGGUAAAAUUGACAUGAUCAAAGCUGGUGUCUUUGAUGAUAUUGAUGUCGCCAUGAUGGUUCAUCCAUGUCCCAAAACUGUAUCCCAUGUUUCACUUGCAGCUGUUGAUAUGGUUACUGUCAAAUACACCGGAAAAGCAGCACACGCUGCAGCCUAUCCAUGGGAAGGAGUUAACGCCCUUGAUGCGGCGGUACUAUGUUACCAGAACGUGUCUUGCUUGAGGCAACAGAUGAAACCUACAUGGAGAGCUCAUGGAAUAAUAAACAAAGGGGGUAUCAAGCCAAAUAUCAUACCAGAAUUUACUGAACUAGAGUACUACUUCAGAGCGCCAAACAAAAAAGAACUCGAUGAACUGAGAAACAAAAUGAAAUCCUGUUUUGAUUCGGCAGCCACAGCCACUGGAUGUCAGGUGUCUUACACAUUUUCCAGCAAGCCUUAUUUGAAUCUGGUAACAAACAACCGAAUGGCAGACGUCUUUUGGAAUAAUGCAAAAUCUAUUGGUGUACAAUUUGAUGCUAAAGAGGAUAUUAUAGCAGGUUCUACGGAUAUGGGGAAUGUUUCACAAAUUGUUCCUAGCAUUCACCCAAUAUAUGGCAUUGAAACGACACAUGGAAAUCAUACAAAAGAUUUUGCCACUGCGGCAGGUGAUCCAAAGGCUCAACUGCACACUCUGAAUCAAGCUAAAGCUAUGGCAAUGACUUGCCUUGAUAUCUUUACAGAUACACAUUUAUUGAAAGAUAUUAAAGAGGAGUUUGCAAUAUUUAGCAGAAAUUCACAAUGAGACUAACGACGAAGAAAACGCAUUGGAAACUCGCGGAUAUAUUAUGCAGUUUAAGAUUUGCUAAAAUUGUAACCGUAUUAAAUAAAGUAUAUUUAUCACUUA